UGUCAUUUCCGGGAGAUUGGUCGCAGUAGUACAGUUCUACAGUCGUGAUUCGUCGCGGCACGAAAGAAGAGUAGAUUCGCGCCGGCAACGAGGUAAACUAGACGAUCGAACGCGCGCAGAAUUCAGCGGCGAAGUCCACCAUGUCUGUGACCUACGAUAUCAACAAACAGGCGAGGUACUCGAUCGCUACGUUCUUUACCGGAAGGAGCGUGUUUGUAACCGGAGGCGUCGGUUUCCUGGGGAAAGUGUUGAUCGAGAAAUUGCUGAGAUCGUGCCCCGAGAUUCGCGAGAUAUACUUGCUGAUACGACCGAAGAAAGGCAAUUCCGCCGAGGAGAGAUUGAAGAAGGCCAUCGAGCUGCCGCUGUUCGACAAACUGCGCGAGCAGGAUCCAUCCAUCUUCGCGAAACUGAUCCCGCUUAAUGGAGACUGUUCCGUGGAACGUUUGGGUCUAUCUCCGGAGGACAGGCAAACGCUCGUCGAUCGCGUCUCGGUGAUCUUCCACGCUGCGGCGAACGUGCGGUUCCACCAGAACUUACAGUUGGACGUGUUCUCGAACGUCCGCUCGACCAGGGACAUCUGCGAGCUGGGACUCGAGAUGAAGAACAUGGUGGCUUUGAUACACGUCAGCACCGCCUACUCGCAAUGCGACAAGCCCGUGGUAGACGAGGUCGUCUAUCCGCCGGUCGCCGAUUGGAAGAACGUUAUAGAGAUAGCCGAAAAUUUAGAUCAGAAGCUGAUAGCUACGUUCAGCAUCAAAUGUCUGGGCAACAUGCCGAACACGUACACGUUUAGCAAACGACUGGCCGAGCAGGUGAUCAUCGACUAUUCGAAGCGGCUGCCCUGCGUGAUAGUUCGACCGUCGAUAGUGGUCUCGUCGUUCGACGACCCGAUCAGCGGCUGGAUAGACAACUUCAACGGACCCAUGGGCCUGAUGGUGGGCGGCGGCAAGGGGAUCCUGAGGGUGGUUCUCAUGGACCCGGUGGUCGCCAGCGAUUAUAUACCCGUCGACGUUACCAUCAAGGCUACGCUGAUCGCCACGUGGAAGCGGGGAUUGGUAACGGUAGAAAAAGACCCCGAGGUGCACGUGUACAACUGCACGUCUCAUAACAUCUGUAGCGUGGCGGGCAGGGAGCUGAUCGCGAUAGGCCUGAGGAGCAACGAGAAGCUGCCCGUCGACGGGGUCCUCUGGUACCCCCGGACCACGAUGACGUCCAGUCGCUUCGUCUACUAUAUACUGACCUUGCUGCUCCAGCUGCUGCCCUCGUUGGUCAUCGACAGCAUUCUGAAGAUGACCGGCCAGAAACCGAUACUGGUCGGCAUCCACAAACAGAUCUACGCGGCCUCGCUGCAGCUCGAGCAUUUUACGACCAACCAGUGGUACUUCCGUAACGAGAAGGUGAUCGACCUGUUGACCAAUCAAGUGCCGCCGAACGAGAAGAACGACUUCGGCUUCGACUUCCAGGUCUUGGACUUGACGAAGUUCUUCAGCACGUGUCUGCUGGGUGCCAAACGCUACUUGCUACACGACGACCUCUCGCGAAUCGAGGACAACAAGCGGCGACUCGAAAGGUUGCUGUGGCUCGACAGAAUAGUAGACGCGAUCAUGAUCGCGAUGGCGGCCCGGUUUCUAUGGAACAUCGGCUUCGUCUCCGGUGUGCUGGGCCUGAUCGGGGCCUGAGACGAUCGGCGAUAUUCCACGAAUAACGAUCGCUUCGUAGAACGAGAGGCGCGGUGACGUCAGAUGUCAUGAAAUAAAAGGAUACGAUCAUCGGA